UUCAUCGUAAUUUGAAUCCAAAAAACAUUCUUGUCUAUAAUGACAGAUUAAUGAUUACCGGGUUUGAAUUUUCAAUAUCUCUUGAUAGAUUAGAUGAAUAUUUCGAAACUCUCGAUUAUUUGGAAUAUUUGGACUCAGAAUCAAUAGUAUACUCAGAUCCUGCACUCCUCUCGACAUAUG